AUGGUCAAGAUGAACGUCUGGUCUACACCUGCAGCAGCGAGGGUCCUGAAGGGCACAUCUCUCCAAAGCUUCUCUGUAGCGCGGAGGGUCGGGACGGUUCGGUACCAGUCGCGUGGCGCUCCGAGUCGCGAUGCCUCGCAGCCCGCUCCGCUAGCACAGCCAGCUGCACCCGCUUCCUCGCCUGCGACUCCCCGAACCAAGCCUGCAGGAGCUGAGGACGAACGGUCAAGGCUAGCAAGGCUACAAGCUCAGCGGCUCGAAGAGCUCAACCGUGGUCGUGCCGGAGGCGCUCGCGGAGGAGCGCGCUCGAACCGGCCAGAGCAGCGAUGGUCGAAUCGUACCCUGAUCGCGCUCGCCACUUCGGUGGGCGCGUGCACAUACCUGAUGGGCACCUACCACGGCUACAAUGCAGGCAAAGCACACGUGAUCGAGCAGGCUCAAGCUCCGGUCGACUCUCCAACACCUAGCGUCACAUCCUCCGCGGCCGCAUCCAUCGGCACAUCCGCCAAUUCGAUCGGCUUCGCAGAACGCGCCUUGACUUCUCUCUCGGACUUGGUGGCGCCAUUGGUGCCAUUCCGCUCCCUCGCCUCUCCGCUUCAUUGCGAACAAGGGCAAACAGAUGCACAGACCAAGGCAAAGACCCCAGAGUGCAGACUCGCCGAGCUCACCCAGUACCAUUGCGAUCUCCACCCGACGCGCGUCGUCUGCCAACCCAUCGAUCGGAUCUUCCGCAUAUGCAAGGGCCGUCCUGCUGUCGAGGUCUCGCACAUUGUCGAAUUCGACGAGUCCGCAAAACCUUAUCUGCCAGCCCAUCUCUCGUGCGGAAGCAAUGCCCCCCUCCCAGCAUUGGCACGAACUCAGAUCACCAGAUUUGUAGCCUAA